AUGUAUCUGAAUAUUCUUCCUGUAAAGAACGUCCAACUUUAUACGAAUAGUUUUCGUUUGGCAAGUACUCUUGUUUUGGCUGAGCAUAAUGAUCAAAAGUUAAAUCCUUUAACAUUAAAUGCAGUCACUGCUGCAAAAAAAAUUGGUCAUGAAAUUUCCAUGCUCGUAACAGGAAAAAAUUCUGAAGAAAUUGCAAAAGAAUCAGCAAAAAUAUCUGAUAUAAAACGUGUUCUUUUCGCUCAAAAUGAAAAAUUGACAGCUAAUUUACCUGAAAGAGUUUCUACAAUUCUUUCAGCGGUCCAAAAACAAUUUAAUUUUACACACAUUAUUGCCGGAGCUUCUACCUUCAGUCGAGGUGUUAUACCAAGAACUGCGGCAAUUCUAAAUGUAUCUCCAAUAUCGGAAAUAACACAUGUACAUAGUGAUGAUUCUUUCUCAAGACCAACUUAUGCCGGAAAUGCGAUUGAGAAGGUUUUUAUAUUCUUAAAAAUAAAAUGA